CAGAGAGAGAGAGAUAGAGAGAGAGAGCACGAGCUUCCGCCUUUACACUCGCAGACACAAAAAGCUUUACUACACUCAGAGAGGAGUCGAGCAACGGAGGAUAACAGACAUCAAUCCCCCCCCCAAAAAACUGCUGUCCAUCCACAGGACCGGGCAGGACGGGGCUGCAGCGGUCCGGACGGCUUUCGUGGUUCAGGCUGCUGGAGAAACAAGCGGAUGCUCUUCGUCGCGAAAGGCUAAUUUUCCUCUUUUUUUUUUUUUAAAGUGGAGGUGGGUCUUUUUUAUGUGAGUGAAGAGGUGGAGGAGCAAAAGCAGAAAACCGGCGAGUGCGUCAAACAAAGUUGCUUCGUGACAAGUAAAAACAAAGAUGGUGCACGACGGCUGGUUUCUUUGUAUGUUUCACACAUAGAGAUAUUGCAUCUGCUCGAUUUAAUACAAAAAAAAAAGUGUCCCGGAGAAGACCCGGAGGAGACGGGACGGGGUGGAGCGGCAGGGACCUAUUUUCUUGCUGCCAAUCUUCUGUUGCUGCUUCUUUGUGGAUGCAGACAAAACCCUGAGAGCUGUUUGGCGCGGCAGGCAUCCCUGCAGCUUCAGGGGACUUUGUCAGAUGUGUACCCAGCACACAAAGCCCCUGGCCUGGCCGUGGGGAUGGCAGCCUCUGCCUUGAACCUGAACGGCCUUGGAGUCAUGAACAGCAGCAAUCAGUUUCACUCCCAGCCAGGGUCCUCCAACGCCACAUCUAGAACAAACACCAGCCCAGUCGGCCGACCUGUGCUGCCGGUUCCGGAUCGGAGCACCUACUGUCCGUUACUGGGGGGAAGCCUCUACAGCCCAACGAGUCCUAAGACGAGCCCCCGAUCUCUUAGCCAAGCCUUUGUCUUUCCCCCUCCUCCAAAUUUGCUCUCCCCCUGCGACACAACUCGCCCUCGCUCCCCCUCGCCGCGAAGCCCAGAGCGCCUGGGAGUCAAUGUGGGCCAACGCAUCCGACGCCUGAGCGGUGAAGACAGAGGGGAGGGAGACGGGCAAGAGGAGACGGGAGGAGGGACGAGAGGGAGCGAGGCGCGAGAGGAGAGGAAACGUCAGGAACAUCUGCUCCGGAUCCACAGAGAGCUGCAAAACGUUGAGGUCAGGGGAAAAGUGGGCAUCUUUGAGGCCCACAUUUCCGGGAUCCGCACCCAGGCCCUUAAUAGUGAACUCCAGCGCAGUCCUCGGACGACAAGACGAGCGACUAGCCAGUCCUCUUUGUCUCCCAGCCAAGGAAACACACUUCUCGAAAAUCCAAUGACCCACCCACAAGUGACUAAAGUACCUUCUGUUGCCCAAAAUGGCAGAGAGGUGGAGGAAGGGAUGACGGAAAGACUAAAGAAGGAAAGUGGAAUGGAUGAGCGCGAGAAGAACAGCAAUGCUAUGAAGUCAAACACAGAGAACAAGACACUGAUUGAUCAAAAUGACUGCCAUUCACAAACAACGUUACAAACUCCUUAUGGGGAUAAACGGAUUAUUCGUUGUUUGCCUGAGACGUCAGUAAAACAUUCAGCUACAGAUGAGGAGAAUAAGGAAAAACUGAGAGAAAGGGAGGAGGAAAAAGUUAGAAAGGAGGUAGAAAACAGAGAAAUGGAGCGAGAUGAGCGAGAACGGACAAACAGAGAAAAUAAAGAUGAGCAGGAGGAUCAGUGGGAAUCAAAAGUGCUGAUUCAGACCGAAGGAAAAACGUUUAUCAAUAUCUCUGAAACCCCUGCGUUACCUCAAGGACAUAACAGUAAUAACGUGAAGCUGAGUUCGCUGAACGCACCUGAUCAAACAUCCGACCAUUUAUCCUCCCUGCUUCCCUCCAUCCCUGCAGUCAUAAUCACCGACCACGGUUUGGAGAGCCGGUCUCAAACUACCGACGGCUCUGGCUCGGAGCGGGGACUGUCACGGUCCCCCAGCCCCAGCUCCAGUCCUGUUCCAUACUCCUCGUCUCGCCCUCUCAGGAAGCUGUCCUCCUCCUCCGCCUCCUCAGCUGGAUUCUCCUCGUCUUGGGAAGAGUCGGAGGAUGAUGUUUCCAGUGACACGGAGAAGGGAGACAAUCUCCUGAAUCCUGCACAUCUCAGUUCUAAGCAGAAAGCGCACAAGUCAUGGAAGAAGAUAAAGAACAUGGUCCACUGGUCUCCAUUUGUUAUGUCCUUCAAGAAGAAGUAUCCCUGGAUUCAACUGGCUGGACAUGCAGGGAGUUUUAAAGCGGGUGCAAAUGGACGCAUAUUAAAAAAACACUGUGAAUGUGAGCAGCGCUGCUUGUCCCGGCUGAUGGAGGAUGUGCUGAAGCCCUAUGUUCCUGGUUAUCAUGGAGACGUGGAGAAGGAUGGCCAGAAAUACAACCAGAUGGAGGAUCUGCUGGCAGAGUUCGACUACCCAUGUGUAAUGGACUGUAAGAUGGGAGUGAGGACCUACCUUGAAGAAGAACUAACCAAGGCUCGGAGAAAGCCUGCGCCGAGGCCCGACAUGUAUCAGAAAAUGAUCGAGGUCGACCCUGAGGCGCCCACAUUGGAGGAAAACGACAAGAAGGCAGUGACCAAGCCAAGAUACAUGCAGUGGAGAGAGACAAUAAGCUCAACGGCCACCCUGGGGUUCAGGAUAGAGGGAGUCAAGAAAGAAGAUGGAACUGUGAACAGAGAUUUUAAGAAAACAAGGACAAGGGAACAAGUGGUGGCAGCCUUCCAUGACUUUGUAAGAGGAGAUUCGGAGAUAUUGAACAAAUAUCUAACGAGGUUAAAGGAAAUCCGAGCCACUUUGGAGAUCUCUCCAUUCUUCAGAAGUCAUGAGGUAAUUGGCAGCUCCCUCUUAUUUGUUCAUGACAGCAGGAAGCAAGCCAAAGUGUGGAUGAUCGACUUUGGAAAGACCACGCCCCUCCCUGAUGGGGAGGAACUAACCCACCGAGCUUUAUGGGUAGAAGGGAACAGAGAGGACGGCUACCUUUAUGGACUCGACAGCUUGGUGGACAUCUUUUCCUCCAUGGUGGACUCUGAGACUUGAAGUGUGCAGGUUUUGUUUUUGAACCAAGUAAACUUUUGGACACACCACCAUUAAAGCUUCCAUUCAUGCUUCAUUCUACUGGAGAAACCUUUGAAACACUGACACUUUAGCUCACGACGCAAACCAUAUGGUCCAGCUCCUCUUAGUUCCUCACAAGUGGAACUACUAACAGCAGCAGCGCCUCAGUUCCUCAUAAUUGAGUUAUUUUGUGCUGUGGUUGGGAAAAGGGUCAAUCUUAUAUAACCUCAUUUUGACAGCAUAACCUUUUACUUAAGAAAUUCCCAUUGAAAAGCAAACGAUAUGAAUCUUGUUGCCUAAUACAAAGUGAGACCUGUUGACGUACUUUAAUAUUAUAAAUAAAUCCUCUGCAAAGGCCUAAACCAGCAAGAGGUUAGCUAAUAUUUGAUUGUUAAUGAGAGCCUCGGCAUUCUAUUAUAUUAUGUGCUUUAUGAAAGUAUUCACACCCCUUGAACUUUUUAACAUUUUGUCACGUUACACCCACAAACUUCAGUGUGUUUUUAUCUGAAUAUCUAAUAGACCGAUAUGAAGUAACGUAAUCCUAAAGUGUAAGAAAAAGAAAUGUUUUUUAACAUUUUCUGCGAAUGAAAAUAUGAAAUAACGUCCAUCUGUACGUAUUCAGUUUUGAUUUAUUCAGUUUGGUACAGCUUGUUGCUUUGGGCUUCCUUUAAUGUUUUUUUUUGUUUUUUUUUAGAAAAUCCCAAGAAAUGUAAUUUUUAAGAAUGUAUUUUAUAUAAAUUUGCUGAUUCUGCUCCUCUGGCAGAAUUUUGACUAGAUUUCUAACACACCUCCACUUGUGCUGCCCUGCUGUAUUUUGAUGGUGUCGAAUCAGAAAAAUAAUACUAGGGCUAAAAAAAUGAUCUGACCCAUAUUGGAGCUUAAAAUGGCAAUCUUUAACAUUUCAACCAUGCUUUAUUGUCAAACCUCUAAAUCUCACAUUCAUUUGCACUCAAAACAUAGUCUCUUCCCUAAUUGUACUGUGAUUGUGAGUUACAAUACUAACUUACAACUACAAAGUGUUUCACUUUCUAGAGUUCUUCCAAUAAUAAUGGUUGAUUCUUCUCACUCACACACACAUUGCGUUUAAGGCGUCUGCCUUAUCUGAUCUCAGCACCUGUUUAACAGGUUAAAUAUUUGUUCUGUGAAACUGCAGUAGCAUGGUAUGUUUACUUUUCAUUAGGAUUAACUAGAUCUGGCAGGUUGUCAGGGAAUGUUGUUCCACUUUGAUGCAUUGGCUAUUGGUGUGCUUGGGAUUUCUGAAAAUGCAAUGUAGUAUGUAGAUAAUGGAAUAUACACUUUGGACCAGGAUAAACCGUUCCAGUGAAAUAGUAAUAAUAGUAUAAUAGAAAAGAAACAGUUUUUGAAUAAGUGCCAGUGAUUUGAGGGAGAAAAAGUUUAGCUGUUGUUGCACUGCUAAAAAAAUGCUCAGAUAAUCAAAUUGUGUUUCUUGUUUGCAGAUCCUUUAUAUUCAAAUAAAAAGAGCUAUUUUUAAAUACCACUAGGUUUUCCGAUACUGAAAAACACAGAGGUACUGUUGUUCAGUGAGGCAUACACACAAGCACUAUUGAGCCACGUCGUUCAGCAAUUCAAAUCUAAGAAAUUAAAUUAAAUAAAAAUGUUCAAGAUUGCCAAUUUAAACACCAUUUAACCACAAAAUUUAACUCAGUUUUAUUGUAUUUUCUUUUCUUUUUUUGUUUUAAUGCAGUUUUAAGCAUCAAUUUCAAAGGGGGACUCGCGGUGUCAAUUAAGUGUGUUUUUUAGUCCAAACAUUAAAAACUAUAUAUAAAGAAAAAAUUAUCCCAACAAGUUUACACCUAGACAGAGUCAAAGUUAAGCUAGAACAUGUUGUUUGAUUCACAGUCGUUUGGGAAUUACUCACCAUGAGGAGGCGCAA